CCUUCUUUGUGUUCUCCUUUCCAUUCUAAUUAAUCUUCUCUCUUUUUUUUUCCCAUGGAGCACCGGCGCAUUGCCCACGGAGCAGCACCUCCGUUAACCGCCGUGGAGAGAUUUUUGUACGGCCAAAACAAUGAUGCCUUGACUAGCAAGAAACAAAAGGAUCCUAAAGAACGACAUCCACCGAUCGUGAGAAGGACAGCGGUGACUGAGAUUGUAAACGAUAACAAAGAGAACACCACGUUUGGUCCUAGGAAGGAGAAACACUUGGUCGUUCAUGGCCGAAGCCCUAUUGGGGAUAUGGUCGUUAAAGAUGCAACCACGAAGAAGCGACCAUACAAGAAUCUUAUCAAAGGGCAAUGGACAUCAGAAGAAGACAGAAAGUUGAUCAGGUUGGUAAGGCAACAUGGGGACAGGAAAUGGGCAAUAGUCUCGGAAAAACUUGAGGGAAGAGCAGGCAAACAAUGUCGUGAGAGAUGGCAUAAUCAUCUCCGUCCUGAUAUCAAGAAAGAUGGAUGGAGCGAAGAAGAAGAGAAAGUUCUUGUAGAAGCGCACAUAAGAAUCGGGAACAAGUGGGCAGAGAUCGCUAAACUCAUACCUGGACGCACCGAGAACUCUAUCAAGAAUCAUUGGAACGCUACUAAACGACGCCAAAACUCAAAACGCGAAAAGAAACGUCAAGCAAACGCUGAUAACAAUGACGGUGAUGAUCCCUCUCCAGCAGCUAAAAGGCCAUGCAUUCUCCAAGACUAUAUCAAAAGCCUCGACAAUAAAGACAAUAAUAAUGAUGAUAACAAGAAUGAAAAUUCCAUCAGUGUUUUGUCUACACCGAAUCAGAUCUAUUCUGAUGGAGAUUCUGCAUCGUCGGUCCUUGGUGAUCCAUAUGACGAAGAGCUGGUUUACCUACAAAACAUCUUUGAAAACCACCCGGCUUCUCUUGACAACAUUGGUCUGAGUCAAACAUCUGAUGAGGUGAACCAGUCUUCAUCAUCUGAGAUCAUGAUCAAAUACCCUAACCCUAACUCCCAUAACGUUGUUCAGACUCAUCAUCAUGAUCAGGGAAUGGGUACCGUGCCUGCGACUACUUCGCACCUUGCGUCUGAUAUCUACUUGUCUUACUUGUUGAAUGGUACGACGUCGUCCUACGUUGACCCAUAUUUUCCGUCUUCCUCGUCUUCCACGUCAUCCACCACCAUAGAGCAGGGAGUCCAUAGUGAUUUUCUUGUGCCUCAAGCUAACUCUACAAGCGAAAGAAGAGAUAUGGAUCUGUUAGAGAUGAUCUCUGCUACUACUCAAGGGAGCAACAUCCCAUUCCCAUUGUUCUAGCUACCAACAUGAUCAUGUGAUACUAUGCGAUCAUCAUUAUGAUCAUUCUCUAUCUUCU